UGCGGGCACCGGGUUUGGGGUCCGCGUCCCGGCGUCGCCGCGAUGCGCGGGCGGGCGGCCAGCCGGCCGGCCGCGCCUGGGACCCGAGAGGCGGCGUGGAUCGGGAUCGGGAGACGGGCCCCGGUCCGGGCCGGCUGCCCGCCCGGGGUUGGGAUUUGGCGUGGGCUUGGCCACAGUCAAGUCUAGUGCGAUCCGAUCAGUGGUGGUGUUGGAAAGUGAAGCUUUCCCCACCGCCCCGCCUACGCCAGCCAGGGACCUCCUUAAAGUCCGCAGGGUUCACCUGGGUGAUGUGGCCAGUGGUACUUACACCAGUUCCAGUGCUGAGGAGGCUGGAAUCCACAGCUGGGCAGUACAAGAUCAAUUACUUGACACAAGGAGGCUCAGCAAAAAUACCAUUUUGUCAGAAGUAAUCCUACCUAUUUUAUGUUAAUAGUUAGGAGGGUGGGGUGGGGGUUCAAAAUAAAACUCGGAUACGCUGUCUCACUGAGUUACCAGACUUUUUUUAAAACUUCCCUGGCCUUUUUUUUUAAUCCAGUCCAAGCCGGUAGGAUGAAAUUCCUUAGUCUCUGAUGGCAGAAACUAAAUUGGAAACUCAUCCGAUUCCAACUGGUUGGGAGGUGGCAAUGUUAUUAUGACAGCAUCAUCACCUUCCAUUUAUGUUGUGCCUUUAACCCAGCAAAAUAUCCCACUGUUGACAAGCCAGGCCAUGUCAAAGUCAGUUUUGUUGUCACAAGUGCAAGUUCAUAUCUGGAAAAGUGCAAUGAAAAGCUUACCUGUAGCAGUAUCUCAAGCACUUAGAAUUAAGAUUUUCAUUGUAACUGCAUACUUUUAUUUUAUAUGUAUUAGAUGAGUAUUAAAUGAAUAAUAGGUGCCCAAGAUCUUGGCCAAAAAGGGGCUCCCAGAGUUACGAAUGACCUGACCAGGGGAAAUUGGACAUUACAUAAAUUCUUCCAGAUGCUUUUAAAUCAUUUAAAAUCUGGCUCGAUGAAUGUUGCAACCAUCCCGAGAAGAUGUGUAGUAUGAGGUUAACUGAUACCAAAGAAAAUUGCAAGGAAAUUUCAUGUUGAGACUCUAUACCUCUGAUCCACAAUGAUGGCCCACUGUGUAACUGCAGACUGAGAAGAGAGGGUAUUCAUCCACAGCAAUUUUAAUCAACACCAUGUCUCAGAAUAUCGACAGUUCUUAUAAAACUGGAUCAAGUUUAUCUGGAGCACCAUGCAAAGAUGUUUUCUUGGAUUUACAAACAGCAAAAUUUGAAAAUCUAUACUAUGGUCCAAGAUCAAUUCAAAGCAUUUCAAAUAUUGCUGACAAUCUUGAUGUUCCUUUAGGACAAUCAUCACCAAUUGUACAUCUGCGAUCACUGCUACAUAAUAAGAAUCUAUUGAAAUAUAUGAAUGAUGAUCGACUCAAGCAGUCACCUUUUUGUGAUUUAGUUAUCAUGGUAGAAGGAAAGCAGUUUUGCGCCCACAAAGUGGUUGUUGCUGUAGGUAGCAGUUACUUCCAUGCUUGUUUAAGUAAAAACCCAAAUAUGGAUAGUAUCCAAUUGGACCAUGUUAGUUAUUAUGUUUUCCAUCAUUUAUUAGAAUUUUUAUACACCUCUGAAUUCUUCAUUCAGGAAAGUGAAAUCCCUUCAAUUUUGGAAGCUGCUCAGUUUCUAGACAUUAUCGAUGCAGUUAAGUUGUUGACUAGUAAUGAAAAUGUCUCCAGGUCAACCCAAACAGAAUUGUUAACUGAAAGUAACCAGUGUUUGGAAGAAACGGAUUCCCUUGAACCCACUGUCAAAUUCCAGCAUAGCAAUGUAUGCACCUUCUGCAAUAAAAGUUUCUGUUACAAAAAAUCUUUAGAAAACCACAUAACUAAAACUCACAAUACCAGCUCCCUGGGACAAGAAGAAAGUUCUGAGGCAACAAAAAUCGAACUUACCCGAAGGUGUUCAAUGCGAACGCGCAAAUGUCCAGCAAAAUUUGAUAGGAAAAAUAUUGAUACCACAGAUGUCUCUGAAGAUGAAUGCUCAAGUAAAAAUAGUAGUGACACUGAAAAUAACAAUAAUGCCCAUGAAAGUCUAGAAAGUGAAGAUGAAAUGGAAGAAGUUGAAGCAAAGCUUGAAGAAAUGGAAAGAGAGGAAGAAAUUCAAGGGGAUGAUGAGAAUGAUUCUCUAGAUGCGGAAGAGAUUGAGCAAAAUAUUCCUAAGGAAUUGCCUCCUGUCAUUUUACAGACUGGGAGCAAGAAAACACUCCAGUGCCCAAAGUGUGAUAAAUGUUUUGACCGAAUAGGAAAAUACGAGUGCCACACACGUGUACAUACAGGUGAAAAACCUUUUGAAUGUGAUAUUUGUAAUCAGCGUUACUCCACCAAAUCCAACUUAACUGCCCACAGGAAGAAGCAUAAUUCACAAGCUGCUUUUCAAAGAAAGGAGCAAAAAUGCCCAUUCUGCAACAAGCUACAUGCAAGCAAAAAAACAUUAGCAAAGCAUGUGAAGCGGUUCCAUCCAGAUAAUAUACAGGAGUUUUUUACUGCUAGAAAGAAGAGGAGCGAAGCGUGGAGAUGUGAUGUAUGUAACAAAACAUUUACACGGAGACCUCAUCUUGAGGAGCACAUGAUUCUUCACACACAGGAUAAACCAUUUAAAUGUAGUUAUUGUGAGGAACAUUUCAAAUCAAGAUUUGCAAGGCUUAAACAUCAGGAAAAGUUUCAUUUGGGCCCUUUUCCGUGUGAUAUUUGUGGUCGUCAGUUUAAUGAUACAGGAAAUCUCAAGCGACAUAUUGAAUGCACUCAUGGAGGAAAAAGAAAGUGGACUUGUCUAAUUUGUGGCAAAUCUGUAAGGGAAAGAACUACAUUAAAGGAACAUCUUCGAAUCCAUAGUGGCGAAAAGCCUCAUCUUUGCAGCAUUUGUGGACAGAGCUUCCGUCAUGGUAGUUCAUACAGAUUACAUCUCCGUGUACAUCAUGAUGACAAGCGUUAUGAAUGUGAAGAAUGUGGGAAAACUUUUAUUCGCCAUGAUCAUCUCACCAAACAUAGAAGAACCCAUUCAGGAGAAAAAGCUCAUCAAUGUGAAGAAUGUGGAAAGUGUUUUGGUCGUAGGGAUCAUCUCAGUGUUCAUUACAGAAGUGUUCACUUGGGAGAAAAAGUCUGGCAGAAGUACAAAGCCACUCUUCACCAAUGUGAAGUGUGCAAAAAAGAAUUUAAAGGAAAAUCAAGCUUGGACAUGCAUUUUAGGACACAUUCAGGUGAAAAGCCCUAUAAAUGUCAAGUUUGUAACCAAGCAUUUCGUAUUCAGAAGACUUUAACGAAACACAUGGUCACUCAUUCAGAUGCCCGCCCCUUCAACUGUCAUCAUUGCAAUGCAACGUUCAAACGGAAAGACAAGCUGAAGUAUCAUAUGGAUCAUGUUCAUGGCAAUAAGCCUAUAGAACAGCCAAUAGUGGCGGUCUCUGAAGUGAAAAUAGUAUCUCAGGAGCUGCUGUAUGCACAAGAUGGCAAAGUGUACCAAACAGAUGCUAAAUCCUACUUACAUCAAAAUAAGGCUUACUCAACUGAGAACAAAACAGCAAUUCAGAACGUUCAUGGGGAUGUGACGCUUGUACCAGUACGGAUUGGUGCUGCCACAGUGCAAUCUGAUGCUCCACAGCAUACAGCAACUUUGGUUUCGCAGCCUCAUAACCUUCUUCAAUCCCAGCAGCCUCCUCAGCAAACCGACUUUCAAAGAGCUACAGACCUUGCUUUUCUGGAGAAAUACACCCUUACACCACAACCUGCCAAUAUUGUGCAUCCGGUUCGUGAUGAUCAAAUGUUAGAUCCUAGAGAGCCAUCGUAUCUUGGAACUUUACUUGGACUUGACACAGGUACAUCUGUGCAAAGUAUUUCCAAUGUAGAACAUUAAGGGUAAGGAAAAGCACACUGUGAAGACUACAGUCUUAUGUGGGAAAGUGGAACAUUAACUUUUAAUUCAAAAUUGAUAUCAGUUGUGAAUCAUGUUGGUCAAUUGAUAUAAUUCACUGCAAUAUCUAUGUUUUUGUACUGUGGGAUUGCCUAUAAUUAGGGAUUAAAAAUGGAUAUGUCAUUUUGUAUUAGUUAUAUCCUUCAGCCUAUCAUCCAGUUGAUAAUGCAAGGCUUGGCUAUUGUAUAUAACUGAAAUUAUGUCUCAACUCCAGUUCUACAAUGACUUGAAUGAUUUUAAACUAUUUAAACCCAAAGAUAAAUAUUAAAACAAUCAUAUUUAUUGUUUGAACAUAAUAACCAUGCUUAUUAAAAGAUGGAAAGAGC